CGCACACUAACACGACGAAGAAGAAGAAGCGACGCGGGCCGGAAGUGUUAUUGUUGUUAGCGGAACAGAAGAAGAAGCUAGCAGAGUUAGCAUGUCUGAGUAGAUGGCUGCUAGCGUCAGUCUGCGGCGGCGUCCAGCAGAGGAAGACGUCUGUCCUCUGGAGUCCAAAUCCGUGAGGACGGAUGCAGAGACAAGCGUCUUCAAAUGGGACAGGAAGUCACAGACAGCAUUUGCCCCUCACACAGGAAGUUCCACCGAGGACAGACAGGAAGAGGAGAGGACACCUGUCUUAGGUGGCGGGACGACAGGUGAGCAGGCGGUCGCCACGGAGACAGGUGAGUCUAGUGAGGAUGAACUGGGACGACUGGACAUUGAUCUGGACAGGAAGUCCAAACAGCACAACCUGACGUCCAGCAAUGUGCGCGCCAUCCUGCAUGAGGUGAUCACUCAUGAGCGCGUGGUGGCCAUGAUGAAAGCUGCCAUCAGAGACACUCAGGACCUGCCCAUGUUUGAGCCAAAGAUGACCCGCUCCAGACUGAAGCAGGCCGUCCAGCAGGGACAGCCACUGAACUGGAGUCUGUCAGCAGUGAACACAACCACAGUCAAGCCUCCUCAGUUUGUUGACAUUGAUCUUGAGGAGGAUGAAGACUCGUCAGAUGAAGAGUAUUGUCCUGAUGAGGAAGAGGAGGAAGAGGACACGGCUGAGGAGACCUUCCUCAGUGACGCUGACAGCUUUGCUUCACCUCCCAGAAUGCACUGCCCUCAGCCUAGACCGCCAGCAGACCAUACAGCUGAUGAACAGAGAUCUCCAGGACACCUGAGAGAGGAGGUGAUGACCUCCACCUGUGCUCCUCAGCACCUCCUCACUGCUCCCGCUGAAUCCUCCUUCCUGGAGAGACUGAACGCUGUGGAGGAGGAACUGGACUGCAGCCCCGCCUACACCUAUAACCAGUCUCUGGACAGAAAAGCUGGUGAUGAUGAUGAUGAAGGCUCCAGCUGUUUGGCGUACCGCACACGCUCCAAGCUUCCUCUGGUUAAUGUUCCUCUGGGGCAGCUGGAGGCGGAGCUUCUGGCCCCUGACAUCACCGCUGACAUGUACGAUCAGGGCUCCGCCCAGCUGGAAGAAGACCGUCACUGGACGCGGUGGCUGCAGGGUCUCAUGGCCCCCGACAAUGAAGAGGAAGCUGAUGAUGACGACGACCCAGAGUACAACUUCCUGGACGACCUGGAUGAACCCGACCUGGAGGACUACAGGACGGACCGAGCGGUCCAGAUCACCAAGAAGGAGGUGAACGAGCUGCUGGAGGAGCUGUUUGACACACUCCAGGAGGAGGAAGAGGAGGAGGAGGAGGUGACUGCUGAGAAAGAGGAGCAGCAGGAGGAGGAGGAGGCCCCGUCACAGACUGGACCCAAAUUCAACGUCCCCCAGGCGUUACGCUUUGAGGCACCGUUAGCCAGCAUGCUAACAGAGCGGCGGCGGACGGUCAGGAAACAGUAUGAAGCUCUGCAGCAGAGGAGAGCCCUGCAGGACACCACCAAUCAUCAGCGGGACAACGUGAACCUGAAGGACACACCCAGCCCACAACCCGACACCGUCACAUCCGUCAUAGUGCUGCCGAGCCGGGUCUGCCCCACGCUCCACCUGGACUACACGCAGAAACUGCAGCUGCAGCAGCAGAUACAGCAGCAUGUUCAGCUGCUGACUCAGGUUCACCUGCUGAGCCGCCGUGUUGACGCCCUAAACCACGAAGCCUGCAUCACUAAACACUACCUGGAGGAGCUGCAGCAGUUUGCCAGGCGUCAGGAGGAGGUGUUCCUCCCCAGCUGUUUCAGAGUCUGUAACCUGCGGCCAGCGCUGGAUCUCCUGCAGGAGGUGGAGCAGAGAGAGGAGCCUCCUGCUGCUCCUCUUGCUCCUGCUGUAUCCAGACGCUGGCUCCCCACGAUGACUCCUGCAACCAACAGCCACGCCUUCCCCCUGCUGCCCGCCGACACCACCUGGCUGUUCGCCACCCGGCCUGUUUUCCUCUACCCAGAACUACUUCCUGUCUGCAGCCUGGACCCCGCCCUCCACACCCGACACCACCGGAGCGUUUACACCGCGGGAGAGGACGGGCUGAUCAUCCUGGGUCUGAAGCACUUUGAGGGGACGGUCCAGCCGGAUCAGCUGAUCAGCUCCUACCUGCUCUGUAAGACACGAUGGAACUUCAGGAAACAUGUCCGAGAGAUGAGCAGCCCCAGAGCGCCACACAACAACGUCAUCAAGGUGUUCCUGACGCAGGGAGUCGUCCCCCCGCUGCCGCUGGCCUGCAGCAGAAUCCAGCCGGGAGACCAGCGCCCCCCAGUGGACAGAAAGACUUCCACCAUGCCUAACUGGCUCAAGAACAGUCAGCAGAUCAUCCAGAGGACCCGACUGAACACCUGUCCUCCACGCUACCCCUCCUCCCUCCCCCAAGGCUGCACCCUCAGGCUCCACCCCUACUGGCACAACAAGUCGGCCCGCCCACCGGCCCGCCCACAUAGACGGCUCUUCACCCUGGCCCAUAAUGCAUCUCUGCUGCCGCUCUGCCCGGCAGACAGACAGGUGGACAGGCCGGCAGACAGACAGGCAGACAGACAGGCAGACAGAGAGGUGGACUUGCAGUCAAUCAGCUACGUGGCCCACCGACCUGCUGCAGAUGUCACAUUACCCACCAACGUCCCCGCUGUUUCAGGAGCUGUUUCUUUAGCUCCGCCUCCUCCCCGUGGGGCCGGUCCAGUCCCCGCCCACCCCUUGUGUGCUGACAUCAUCCAGUCCUGCCUUCCUAUUGGGCAGAGAAGCGUUUCUAGGCAACAAGACACCGGGCCCCUGCCCCUCCUCCUCCCCUUCCCCUCCGUUUCCAACCCUGACACUACAAAUCCCAUAAUGCCCUGCUCAGCUGCUGUUGUGAAGCCAGGCUACGUCGUCCUCCAGAUGGUGUGGACGCCUUCGGCUCCGUCCACCACCACCUCCCAGCAUGCUCUGGGGCAGAAGCUCCAUGGUCUGAUCAACCAGGAGCAGGAGGAGGUGGAGAAGACCUCCGCAAGGCCCCGCCCCCAGCCAGAGGCAGACAGACAGGUGGAGGUGAGACAGAUGGAGGAGGGAGGAGACGAGGAAAGUCCAGGGUCUACAUCAACACUGUCGUCCUGUGCAGGAGAGGAGGAGGAGGAGGAGGAGGAGGAGGAGGAGGAGAGGAGCUGGACUCAUCUGGGUGUCGUCUGUUUGAACGGAGGAGAAAAUGGUGGAGUGGAGGAAGAGAGUAGAGAGGCAGGAGGAGGUGGAGAGGAGGAAGAGAGGAGAGAGGAAGGGGAGGAGGAGGAGGACGGACAGAGGGAGGACGGAGAAGGAGAGCGGGACGAGGACGGAGAGAAGGAUAAGGAUGAAGAUCAGGACAGGCAGGGCGAGGAGGAAGAGGAGGAGGACUUUGAUGACCUCACUCAGGAUGAAGAUGAGGAGGAGGUGAUGUCAUCAGCGUCGGAAGAGUCAGUGCUGUCUGUUCCAGAGUUACAGGAGACGAUGAAGCAGCUGACGUGGCUGGCGUCGGAGAGGAGGCUCUGUGCAGACGGAGACUCUGAGGAGGAUCACUCUCCGACCUCCCCCGGCUCUCAGGAGGAGGAAGAGGAGGAGGAGGAGGAGGGGCCUAAAGGGGAGGAGUCAGGAGAGGGGAGGAGCACUAAGGCCGGGGGAGAUGAGGAGACGCCAUCCUGUGAGGGGACACCCAGAGGAGGAGGGAGGUGUCCUGGACGAGGAAGAGGUCGAAGCCGACCUCUCCGCGGUCUGAGGAGGAGUCGUCAGGAGCGUCACAGUAAAGACGCUGCUAAACUGUUGCUGCUGUACGACGAAAACCUCCUGGACAACGACCCGCACAGAGAGAGCAAAGACGUGGCGUUCGCCCAGAGUUACCUCAACAGGGUGCGCGAGGCGCUGCAGGACGUUCCCGGGAAGGUGGAGGAGUUUGUGUCUCUGCUGAACGAGUUCGAGCUGGUGGGAGAAGGACAGCAGGUGAUCGUGCUGUUCAGGAAGCUGCGCUGCAUCCUGGGAAACCGGACAGACCUCCUCCGAGACUUCGCCGCCUUCAUGCAUCCCGAGCAGGCGCUGGAGUGCGGACUGUUUGAGGAGCAGCAGGCGUUUGAGCGCAGCCGACGUUUCCUGCGACAGUUGGAGAUCAGUUUUGGAGAUAAUCCGUCACAUUACCAGAAGAUCAUCAAGGCUCUGCAGGCCGGUCCAGACCUGAGUCCGACCAGCAUCCACGAGCUGAAAGCUCAGAUGGACACCCUGCUGAAAGGCCACACCCAUCUACAAGCUGAAUUCUGGGUAUUUUUUGAUGAGCUCCGCCCACCUCCUGCCCGUCCAGGACAGUUCGAAGAAGCUCAUUGGCCAGAGGAGGGAGGGGGCGGGUUAGAUGGCGGUGAGGGCAUCAGCGCAGGGUCAGGAGGCGGAGCCAGCUGUGGCUUUGAGGAAGUUACGCUCCCAGAGCUCGAAGAAGAAGAAGAGGGACAUAAGAUCCAACCAAUGGCAAGCCGGCGCCAGAGGAGGAAGAUGGACGCCCACAGAAACUACAAGGACUGUGAUUGGUCAGAUAAAGACUGGCCCUGCCUCUGUCACGAUGCAAAGAUCCGCAGACACAGGAGGAAAGGAUGCUCUCGCUGCCAUGGCAACAAGAGCUCAGGGGGCGUGUCCAGAGCCAUGAAGAGUCUGGACCCUCUGUACGCCCAGAUAGGCUCCACCCACGACGAGCCAGGAGACAAAGACCUGGAUCUGAAGGGGGACGACAGUCCACAACCAGAUCGCAGCGCGGCAUCAUGGGAAGGCUCGUUCCCUCUGACGGAUGAGAAGGAGGAGGAGGAGGAUGAACUGGACGAUGAGGAGGAUGAUGAAGAUGAGGAGGAGAGGAAGAGCAGCGAGAAGGAGCAGAGCCCUUCUCUGAAGAGGAGCAGGAGAGAGGAGGCACUACAAACUCCAUCCACCUCCUCUCUCACCUCCUUAACCCCCUCCAUCUCCUCCGUUACACCCUCCACCUCCUCUCUUACCCCCUCUCUUACCUCCUCCACCUCCGGUACCUCCUCCACCUCCUCUGUUCACCCCUCCACCUCCUCCUCUACCUGUCCUUCUACCACUUCCUCCUCCACAUAUUCCAUCUGUCUUUCUACCUGCACCUCCUCUGCCUCCUCCACCCUUCCCUCUCCUUCCUCUGCUCCUCCUCGACCCAGUCCUCCUCCUGACCUCCCCGUCUGUGCAAAGAACAUUUCUCUGACUGCGAGUGGAGAGAAAGUCAUCCUCUGGACCAGGGAGGCAGAUCGAGUCAUUCUGACCACCUGUCAGCAGGAGGGAGCCAAUCAGAACACGUUCCAGGCCAUCUCCAGUCUGCUCGGCAACAAGACUCCCAGCGAGGUCUCUCGCAGGUUUCGGGAUUUGAUGCGUCUCUUUCGGACCGCGGCUCGUCAGACCAGCUCAGAGGACGAGGCUCCGCCCACUGAUCCAGCAGCCAAUGAGGAGCAAGACUGAUAUUAACCAAUCAGAAGAGCCGCAGAAUAACAUUGACCAAUAAAAGGACUCGGAGAGUCUGUAGCAGAAGAAAUAAAGUUCGUUUGAUGUUUUGAA